AUGCUGACCGAAUUCGACGAAACAUGUGGAUGCAUCGGUCUUCAGCUGAAUCUACAAAAGACGAUGUUCAUGCGGAACGGAUGGGUCUCGGAUGCCCCAUUCACGCUCAACGGAACGAACAUAUCCGAAUGCACCAGCUACGUUUAUCUGGGUCGGGAACUGAACAUGAUGAACGACCUGACCCCCGAGCUGGGCAGGAGGAGACGAGCGGCUUGGGGAGCGUACAAGAGCAUCGAGGAUGUAGUGAAGAAGACCAGGAACACCCGGCUCCGUGCUCACCUCUUCAACACCACCGUACUUCCUGCUUUGACCUAUGCUUCGGAAACCUGGGCAUUUCGCAAGCAGGAAGAAAACGCGAUCCAAAUACCGUUAGCCGCAGGAGCGCCACCAGAAACCUUGUCUUAG